CUGAGCAAUCUCACAGAGACUGGCAAAGCCGAUUACCACGCUGCGAUGUCUCGAUACAAGAUCCAGAAAGACGCCUACCAGAUCCAGGCCAAAUCCGUCCUCACCCUCUCCAACUGGGUUUAUGACACGGUGGCACCCCAUCUUCGAAAGACGUGUUGUCGUCCACAGAAGACUCUCGUCGAGUGGUACGCAGCACUAACACGACAAGUCGGAUCGACAUCAGGCGAGGAAGACGAAGAAGCUCGCAACAAAUACCGGCAAGCGGUCAAACCUCUCAUUCGACAUCCAAAGGAAAUGCGCGCCUGGUUGACGGUAUGGGAGGAAGCGUUCACCGAGGUGGUCGAGAUGGAUGUCCCAGACACAUUCAAGGCGGUACACUGGUGGAGAUACUUCACCAGAUCCGUCAGCGGCAUCGGGUACGAGGCUUGGUGCCAAUCGUACCAGAUCCAGAAUCAACACCGCAUUUCAGCAAAUCGUCUCUCGUAUCGAGAGGUGUCGAAUGCAUUCGCCUAUAUGCUGGCGGGUAAAACAACCGCAGCACCUCAGGCAAGAAAACCAGCAAGAGGCAGCUUCGCGACUUACGCAGACCUCUCAACCGACCAGAAUGACGACGACGCUGAAACGGACGAAACGAGGGAACGUGCUCAGCGCCGCGCUCGUCGUCAGACUCCCCCAAAGAACACAACCAAGAGGAGGAGUUCAGACAGUUCAAGGAAGCGUUGCAAGGCAUAUGGUCAGGAGAGGCACUCCCUGUCCAAAUGCUUCUAUGUAUUCCCUCACUUGGCUUUCGAAGGAUUUAGGGUCAAUCAGCGGACCAAGAGUGCUGUUGAGGAAGCUCUCAAAACCGACUCAAAUCUCAAAGAAGAGGCCGAGCGGAUCAAGAAG